CUGCAGCCACCGCCACCGCCUGUGUCGCCGCCGCCUCGGGACCGGCUGUAUGAUUAGGCCACAAUCUUCAAUGAGUAAACAUAUUCCUCAAUUCUGUGGUGUUCUUGGUCACACAUUUAUGGAGUUUCUGAAGGGCAGUGGAGAUUACUGCCAGGCACAGCACGACCUCUAUGCAGACAAGUGAACUGUAGAAACUGAUUACUGCUCCACCAAGAAGCCCCCAUAAGAGUGGUUAUCCUGGACACAGAAGUGUUGAAUUGAAAUCCACAGAGCAUUUUACAAGAGUUCUGACCUGGAUGGGGUAAACCUCAGUGCACUUCUUUUCUGUUGGCCUCAGUAUUACUGGAUUGAAGAAUUGCUGCUUCUUGUUAGGAGGUUCAUUUCAUUUAUCAUUACUUACAACUUCAUACUCAAAGCACUGAGAAUUUCAAGUGGAGUAUAUUGAAGUAGACUUCAGUUUCUUUGCAUCAUUUCUGUAUUCAAUUUUUUUAAUUAUUUCAUAACCCUAUUGAGUGUUUUUUAACUAAAUUAACAUGGCUCGAAUGAACCGCCCAGCUCCUGUGGAAGUCACAUACAAGAACAUGAGAUUUCUUAUUACACACAAUCCAACCAAUGCGACCUUAAACAAAUUUAUAGAGGAACUUAAGAAGUAUGGAGUUACCACAAUAGUAAGAGUAUGUGAAGCAACUUAUGACACUACUCUUGUGGAGAAAGAAGGUAUCCAUGUUCUUGAUUGGCCUUUUGAUGAUGGUGCACCACCAUCCAACCAGAUUGUUGAUGACUGGUUAAGUCUUGUGAAAAUUAAGUUUCGUGAAGAACCUGGUUGUUGUAUUGCUGUUCAUUGCGUUGCAGGCCUUGGGAGAGCUCCAGUACUUGUUGCCCUAGCAUUAAUUGAAGGUGGAAUGAAAUAUGAAGAUGCAGUACAAUUCAUAAGACAAAAGCGGCGUGGAGCUUUUAACAGCAAGCAACUUCUGUAUUUGGAGAAGUAUCGUCCUAAAAUGCGGCUGCGUUUCAAAGAUUCCAACGGUCAUAGAAACAACUGUUGCAUUCAAUAAAAUUGGGGUGCCUAAUGCUACUGGAAGUGGAACUUGAGAUAGGGCCUAAUUUGUUAUACAUAUUAGCCAACAUGUUGGCUUAGUAAGUCUAAUGAAGCUUCCAUAGGAGUAUUGAAAGGCAGUUUUACCAGGCCUCAAGCUAGACAGAUUUGGCAACCUCUGUAUUUGGGUUACAGUCAACCUAUUUGGAUACUUGGCAAAAGAUUCUUGCUGUCAGCAUAUAAAAUGUGCUUGUCAUUUGUAUCAAUUGACCUUUCCCCAAAUCAUGCAGUAUUGAGUUAUGACUUGUUUAAAUCUAUUCCCAUGCCAGAAUCUUAUCAAUACAUAAGAAAUUUAGGAAGAUUAGGUGCCAAAAUACCCAGCACAAUACUUGUGUAUUUUUAGUACCAUACAGAACUAAAAUCCCAGGAACUAUGAACACUAGACCUUAUGUGGUUUAUUCCUUCAAUCAUUUCAAACAUUGAAAGUAGGGCCUACAUGGUUAUUUGCCUGCUCACUUUAUGUUUACAUCUCCCACAUUCAUACCAAUAUACGUCAGGUUUGCUUAACCAUUGAUUUUUUUUUACCAAGUCUUACAGUGAUUAUUUAAUGUGUUUCCAUGUAUCUCACUUUGUGCUGUAUUAAAAAAACCUCCAUUUUGAAAAUCUACGUUGUACAGAAGCACAUGUCUUUAAUGUCUUCAGACAAAAAAGCCUUACAUUAAUUUAAUGUUUGCACUCUGAGGUGCAACUUAACAGGGAGGGCCUGAGAAAAGAAUGGGAGGGGGCUAUUAAUUAUUUUUAGCAAAAUGUUGCCUUUGUCUUGUGCAAACAUGUAGAAUAUGCUCUUUAAUUUAGUAAAAUAUUUUUUUAAAAGGUAGAGAUGCUUUGUUAUUGUAAUCAUAAACUUCCUGAAAUUCUUGUAAUUUUUUCCCCAUACUUAUCAGAAGUGUGUUUACCAACUUAUUUUUGUUUGAAAGUGUGAUUUUUUUUUUCCUUCCCAACCUCUCUUGCAAAAAAAGAAGUGGGUUUCUGCUAAUGAAUUGAGCAGACAUCUAAUAUUUUAUAUGCCUUUUGAGCUGUGUAACUUAAUAUUUGGAUACUUGACAAUUUGUUUUAUUAUGUAAUUGAUAAAAUGGUGAUGUGUAUUAAUGUUAGUUCAACCAUAUAUUUAUACUGUCUGGGGAUGUGUGGUUAUAGUUCUGUGGGAGAAAUAAUUUUGUCAGUGUUCACCAGCUUGUAAAAACUUAGUGCGAGAGCUGAAACAUCUAAAUAAAUAAUGACAUGCAUUUAUCAUCA